GUCAACCAUUCGUUAAGCGGAUUCGAGCCACACCGGUACGAUUUUUUCGGGCGACUGAUCUGGUCAGCUCAGCUGCUGGUGGUCGCGCCACCCAAAAACACCCAUUAGCGUUGUUUCACGCGUGUUUCACGAAAUUCGUGAGCGGAUUGUGCUUGCGCCGUUUUGUCAGCGCUUUCGUAAGAUCGGUCACUUCCUCAAUCAAACGGCCGGUUGUUGUUGUUGUUGUAGCUUCGUUUGCCUGCCGAGGGGUUUGCUCAUCAAUCAACCUGCCCCGCCGAUUGCCCAAAACAGUGCAGUGCUCAGAGCAAGUCCAGCUAGCGUGCAACAGACACACACACAUACAUCCCCAGCAUCCAGCAUGAAGCAGUUCGGUGCACUAUUCGGUGCGAUUUGCGGCCUAGCGCUGGUAGCGCACGUGUCGGCGGCUGCUGCUCCCAGCUGCCCGGAACCGUACGGCGAGCAGGCCUAUCUGCACCCGGACCACUGUGACCAGUUCUUCCUCUGCACCAACGGUACGCUAACGCUCGAAACGUGCGAGAACGGUCUGCUGUUUGACGGUAAGGGUGCCGUGCACAAUCACUGCAACUACAACUGGGCCGUCGACUGUGGCAGCCGGAAGUUUGCCACCGACCAGACACCGCUCUCCACCCCCGGCUGCGAGUAUCUGUUCGGCGUGUAUCCGGAUGCGGCGGAGUGUUCCACCAGCUAUCACAAGUGUGCGUUCGGCGAGGUCCAUCAGGAGCUGUGCGAGGCGGGCCUGGUGUACGAUCACCGCAUCCACGGUUGCAACUGGCCGGACCAGCUGCUCGACUCGUGCAAUCCGGAGGCGGUCGUCGGUUUCAAGUGCCCCCAGUCGGUACCGUCCGGUACGGUGGCGGCCCGGUUCUGGCCGUACCCGCGCUACCCGGUGCCCGGCGACUGCCACCGGCUGAUCACCUGCGUCGACGGACAUCCGCGUCUGAUUACGUGCGGCGAGGGUAAGGUGUUCAACGAGGAAUCGCUCACCUGCGAAAACCCGGAGGAUGUGCCGCAUGCCUGCCGUCACUAGUGGAAGCUGGUGCACUACCACCGCGCUAACAGACUACACCUGCACCACAUCCUCACCAUACCCCGAACCCGGUUACAACCCGUUGUUAUUUUCGUUUUUCUCGUUAUUGUUAUUAACCACCGUUAAAACCUGCGCGUUACAACGCUCGUUUCCGUUUGUUACUUUUAUUCUCUACCCUUUCAAUAAUACGUUUUGGAUGUUGCCACCACACUCCUAGCAUGUCACGGCGCGUAUAGCAAACCGUGUGCCUUCGUGUUUCUGUUUUACCUCUCCUCGUUUGGUUACCGGUUUUUGUUCCCCCCCCCCCCCCCGUUAUCUGUUUCUAACUAAAGAAUCAUUUAUACACCGGAUUUUGUCGUUGUCCUGCCUGAUUUAUCUAAAGUUUCCUUUUUUUUUGGGGCAGGGAUGUACUAGUAAUUGCACCUUACUUGGUAGAGGUUCUAAUCUACUUGUUUCAAUUUUUUUUUUUCUCCAUCCUCCCUUCUUCCAUAGCUCGGUCAGCUAUGGUUGUGGUUCGCGCGCAUUUGCAUACGGUCGAUUUUGGUUUCAUUUCGCAGCGAACAUUUUUGCUGCUUUUGGCAAAUAUUUCUUUUUGUUCCUUUUUUCUUUUCGUUUUUUGUUCCAACUUAUUGGCCAAAAGCCAGACACAACAACAAAGAAAAAACGCAUUAUGCAGGAAUGGAAACACUUCAACCACGUACAACAAAAGGGGACAUCGAAAAACAUGCUUUUACAAUGAUACAGAUUUGAGUUAACAACAAAUUUCAGUUUCGAAUAAAAAAAAAAAGGCAAAAGAAGCAACAUAUACAUACACACAUAAAUUUUA